AUGUCGAUACCACGACUGGAACUUCAAGCAACCGUACUGGGAACGAGACUGAUGGACACCGUAAAAAGGGAGCACGGUGUAUCGAUCAGCAGCUGCGUACUCUGGACCGACUCCAAAACGGUUCUGCACUGGAUAAGCAGCACCCACCGGCGUUACAAGCAGUUCGUUGGAAACCGGGUGGCGGAGAUCCUGGAGUCCACAGAAGUAUCCCAAUGGAGAUGGAUACUGUCCGCUGAAAACGUGGCAGACGAUGCGACGCGGCCGCAAAUCCACGUGGAUCUGGAUCAAGGAUCACGUUGGCUAAGUGGGCCUCCCUUUCUACGGGAACCUGAGGAGGAGUGGCCGAUUUCUUCUUCGGGUGAUGGUGGCUACCCGCGAACCGCGGAUGAAGAAGAGAUGCCAUGUGAGUUUGCGCUGGUUAUAGCAAACUCCUUUAUAUCUUUGCAGAGGUUCUCAAGCUACUACCGAUUGGUCAGGGCCACUGCCUGGGUCCUCCGGCUUAUCCGACGGUGUCGCGGACACCGUGAGAAGAGCGACGAAUACGGGCUAACUGCGGCUAAGUGCGCCGAGGCAGAGCGCAUGCUGAUCCGGCUGGCGCAAAGUGAGGCGUUCGCUGAGGAGACGCAACGGAAGACUGUCACAAAUGACAGCCAAUUACGAGGGCUGUCGCCAUACGUCGACGAAGAUGGAGUCAUACGUGCGUGUGGAAGGAUCGAUGCGGCCGCGUGCAUGCCAUUCAGUGCGCGGCGCCCGAUCAUACUGUCGCACAAACACGCACUGGCAGAGAUGAUCGUCGGUCAUUACCACGAUAAGAUGCGGCAUCAAAACCUGGAUGCGACCAUAUGCGAGAUCCGGAAGAGGUUCUGGAUAACCAACUUGCGGAGGUUACUACGGAGGAUAGUAACCAAUUGCCACAUCUGCAAACUACGAAGAGCACGACCAAGACAGCCAAUGAUGGGUCCCUUGCCAGAGGACCGGCUCGAGGCCAAUGGAUGGCCAUUUAAGUAUACCGGCCUGGACUAUUUGGGGCCGCUGAUGGUGACGUUUGGACGUCGAACGGAGAAGAGAUUCGUGCAUCAUCGCGAUAAGGAACUUCAUGUGCUGCCGUGGACCUGUGGUCAGGAUGAGAAGCGACAACGGAAAGAAUUCGUCGGAGCUGACAGAGAGGCCAGGAAAUUCGACGAAGUCUUCGAACCGGAGAAGAUCCAGGGCGAACUGUCGUCCAGAGGAGUCGAAUGGAUCUUCAACUGUCCGGCAAACCCAGCUGAGGGAGGCGUCUGGGAGAGAAUGGUCUACUUCCUGAUUGAGGCGGAAAACAUUGUCAACUCGCGUCCGCUCACACACUUGCCAGUCACGGUUGAUCAGGAAGCCCCAUUGACACCGAACGACCUGCUGAAAGGAGCAGCCGGCGUACCGGACCUUCCAGGAGACGAUGGUCAGUCGCCUAAGAAGGAGAAGUGGUGCGAGCACGUCGAGCCAAUGCGUCGUGGAGAUCUCGUGUACGUAUGCGAUCCUGCCAUACCAAGGAGAGAAUGGAGGCGAGGCAUCGUUGAGGAGGUGUAUGCUGGAGUGGACGGAGUACCACGACGAGCGGCGGUGCGCGUGGCCAGCGACGAUCGAUCCAAGCUUAUGAUGCGUCCCGUCUCCAAGUUAGCUGUACUGUACGUGGUGAAUGCAGCUGCGUCACGGGGAUCGGGAUGUCGCGGAACGGAUUAG